AUGUUGUCCGCGGAUGACGAGGAUGAGGAUCAUUUACCGACGACAGAGUCAUCGCCGCUUCUCAAUGGUCGUCCAUCGAUGUACGAUGCAUUGCCAAGCUCGCAGAAGAAUAUCACGAGUGGUACGGAGGUGUUUCAGUCGGUGGAUGAGCAAUGGAGUGUUUUGAAGACCAAGAUUGAGCUGAAGAAAGCCUCGACAAAGAAGCAGAGUGCACGUUUGCUGGGCAAAGUGAAGAACAUUACCUGGGAAGACGCGGGUCGCUACGCUAUGGAGCCAGUUCGGAACAUUCCCGCUGUGGUGCUAGGUUUGCUUUUGAAUAUACUGGAUGGUGUUUCGUAUGGUAUGAUUACCUUCCCCACCUCGAUGCCGAUUUUUGCCAAUUUUGGCGGCGAUGGUGUAUCUAUGUUCUUCGCUACGUGUGUCAUUUCCCAGCUGGUAUACUCGUUGGGCGGCUCCAUCUUUAAGGCUGGAAACGGUAGUAUGAUGAUUGAAGUGGUGCCUUUCUAUCACAUUCUUGUAAAGGUUAUUGUAAAAAAGGUGGGCGAUGAUAACGCAGUGAGUAUCGUGGCUACCACCAUGGUGGCCUUUGCCCUCUCUUCCAUUCUUACAGGUCUCUUGUUCUUGCUAUUGGGCACACUGCGUCUCGGUAUUCUUAUCAGUUACUUCCCGCGGCAUAUCCUCAUCGGUUGUAUUGGCGGUGUGGGUGUCUUCCUCAUGGAGACAGGCUUUGCUGUCGCAGCGCGCAUUGAGGAAGAAGGCGGCUUUAAGUACGAUAUGAAGACCCUGCAUACACUCACCGCCAAUUGGGAAGUGUUUUUCCAGUGGGCUAUUCCAUUGGGACUGGCCAUCUUGCUGAAUGUGAUCUCCUCGCGUGUGCAUCAUCCGCUUUUGAUGCCGGGCUACUUUUUAACCAUCCCUGUGCUCUUCUACGUUGUGACAUUGCUGGGCUGUGGCCUAAGCAUGGAUACACUGUGGAAACGAGGCUGGGUAUUUGAUAUCCAGGAAUCUACCAAUGCGCCAUUUUAUCGCUUUUACACGUACUUUGACUUCCGACAGACCAACUGGGCUGCCCUCUGGGCGACGAUGCCGACGCAGAUGGCGCUGGUCUUUUUCGGGAUUCUGCAUGUCCCCCUCAAUGUGCCAGCGCUUGGCGUGAGUGUGAAUGAAGACAAUGUCGACACUGACAGGGAAUUGAUUGCCCAUGGCAUUUCCAACAUUUCCGCCGGCUUUUUGGGCUCGGUCCCCAACUAUCUGUGCUAUGUCAACUCGGUACUCUUUUACCGUGUCGGCGGGGGCUCGCGGCUGAGUGGUCUGAUGCUCGCAGGUGCGACUUCGAUCGUGUGGAUUAUGGGCCCCAGCAUGAUUGGAUACCUCCCCAUCAUGGUCGUGGGGGCGUUGAUCUUUGUGUUGGGUCUCGAUUUGGUGCGUGAGGCUAUCUGGGAUACACUAGGCCGUGUGAAUCAUAUUGAGUACAUUACCAUCCUCAUUAUUGUGGUUGUGAUGACAUUGUCGGACUUUGUGAUUGGCAGCUUGGUCGGCAUUAUCCUGGCCUGUCUAUUUUUCGUGAUGCAAACGUCGCGACGCAAUCCGGUGCGAACCGUGCUCACAGGGCAGUCAGCGCGCAGCACAGUGCGCCGCCAAAUGCACCAGCGCAAGUUCCUGGAAGAGGCCGGUAGCCAAACGCAGGUCCUCAAACUGCAAGGCUCGUUGUUCUUUGGCACGAUCAAUUCCAUUGAGCAGCUUGUACGGCGCAUGCUGGACUUGGCCACAUGGAAGAAGAACCCGAUUCGGUUCCUCGUCAUGGACUUCUCUCUGGUGAGCAGCAUGGACUUUUCUGCAGCCGAGGCUAUGACGCGCAUUCACCGUAUGCUUUCCAACAAGGGCGUGCACCUCGUGCUUUGUGGACUUAGCCUCGAUGGCGACGUGGCCAUGGCGCUGCAGAAUGUGGAUUUGUGGGGCGAAGUAGCGCCUUGCGUCGAAGUGUUUGCACAUCUCAAUGAGGCGCUGGAAUGGACAGAGAGACUUGUCGCGGGAAAGAAACUGAGCCGCGCUACGCUGUCUGACGCUGGGUCGUUGCGGGUGCCUGGGACACGACGCAGCAAGCCGGCGAUUGAAUUGGACGAUUCGCUGGUCAACUCACCCCGCUACGAACAUCUUCACCAAGCCGCCAAGCGCGUGUCCUUGCAAGUGGAUUCAACGCACAAUGCGCCCGCCAAAGACAAGGACUCGGCGCGUACCAAGCACCUGCUGUCUCUGCUGUCGUCUACGCUGGGCCCAUACAUGGACCCGGAAGACCAGGACAACGAUAAGAUUAUGCGUGUUCUCGUGCCGGAGCUGGAGGAGCGUAUGCUGGACAAGGGCACGGUCCUAUGGGAGUGUGGUGAUUCGCCAGAUGCGCUCUUUUUCAUUGAGUCCGGUAUUUUAAAGGCACAAUAUAUUUUCUCGCAAGAUGACUAUGUGGUUCACGAAGCUAUGCUGGCGGGCACCAUUGCCGGUGAGCUUACAUGCUUGUCGCAACAAACACGGGAUGCAACGGUGGUAGCCGACCUGGAGUCCAGAGUGUGGCAACUCAAAGUGGAAUCGCUGACGAAAAUUGCGAGAAACGAUACCCAAGUGUACAGGAAACUCGUCCAAGUGUUGCUCCGUGUCACGACCGACGAGCAAAACUGCUUGAUGUCAUACCUUGUAUCUCGACUUAGCUAG